GUGUGAGAGGUGUGGAAGGGGCAGAGACAUGGAUGAAUAUUUUAAAGAGGGCUGCCGAGUAUGGCUGGUGAGAAAAGAUGGUCUACUGCCAGCGACGGUCACCUCCAGCGAUGUCGACUUUGUGUUUACCAGUGACUAUGGACAGGAAUUCUCUCACUCCAGGUCGUCCUUGUCCCGGGAGAAUGUUCUCCCCAUGCACGAAAGCAGCCGGGAUGGGGUGGAAGACAUGGCUCUGCUCUCGGACCUGCACGAAGCCUCCAUAAUGCUGAACCUGCACAUGCGGUACCUGAAAGACCAAAUCUAUACUAACAUUGGUUCCAUAUUGGCAUCUCUUAACCCCUAUAAGCCCAUUGCCGGUCUAUACGAUGAGGAUGCUGUAGAGCUAUACAGUCGGCACCAUUUGGGGGAGCUGCCACCCCAUAUAUACGCCAUCGCCAACGAGUGUUACAGCUGUCUAUGGAAAAGGCACGACAGUCAGUGUGUUCUUAUCAGUGGUGAGAGUGGAGCAGGAAAAACGGAGAGCACAAAACUACUGCUUAAAUUCCUUUCGUCGAUGAGUCAAUGUUCUGCAGAAGGAGCUGGGACCCAGACGCAUGUGGAGGAGGCCAUCCUGGAGAGCAGCCCAAUCUUGGAAGCGUUUGGAAACGCCAAGACGGUAUAUAAUAAUAAUUCCAGCCGCUUCGGAAAAUUCAUCCAACUUCACUUUUCCCAGCAGGGUCACAUUCAAGGUGGCAGAGUGGUGGAUUAUUUGUUGGAGAAGACCCGAGUCACACGUCAGAGUCCUGGCGAGAGGAACUAUCACAUCUUCUAUGCCCUGCUUGCAGGCACCAGCAAGGAAGACAGAGAAGCUCUCUGUCUCUCUGAUGCGUUGUCCUACCAAUAUCUCAGCACGUCGGGCUGUGCGACCGCCGAAGGACUGAAUGACAAGGACAUGUAUCAGAAAGUUAUGACAGCGCUGCAGGUGAUGGAUUUCGGUGAUGAGGAGAUCGGGGAAGUAUGGAAACUUCUCUCAGGAAUCCUACAGCUAGGAAACUUAGAAUUCAUGACAGCAGGUGGAGCGCAGAUCACAACUAAAGCAGUUCUUAGUGAUGCUGCUGACUUAUUGGGACUGGACUCCUUCCAGCUGUCUGAAGUUCUAACCCAAAGAUCAAUGAUCCUACGAGGAGAAGAGAUAAGUUCCCCUCUGACGGUGGAGCAGGCGACGGACUCCAGAGAUUCCCUGUCCAUGGCUUUAUACGCCCAGUGUUUCUCUUGGCUAUUGGCAAAGAUCAAUGCUCGGAUCCGCGGGAAGGACAACUUCAAAUCUGUGGGGAUUCUGGAUAUAUUUGGUUUUGAGAAUUUCCAGGUGAAUCGAUUUGAGCAAUUUAACAUUAACUAUGCCAAUGAGAAACUGCAGGAAUAUUUCAACAAGCAUAUUUUCUCUUUGGAGCAGCUGGAAUAUAACAGGGAGGGCAUCAACUGGGAAGCUAUUGGCUGGAUGGACAAUGCUGAAUGCUUGGAUCUCGUCGAGAAGAAACUUGGGCUGCUUGCUCUAAUCAAUGAAGAAAGUCGUUUCCCAAAAGGCACAGACUUCACACUGCUUGAAAAACUCAACGUUCAGCAUGCUAAUAAUCCGCAUUUCGUGAAACCGCGUGUGACUGAGAACCAGUUUGGAAUUAAGCACUAUGCCGGGGAGGUCAUGUAUGACGUGCAGGGGUUUCUGGAGAAGAAUAGGGACACGUUCAGAGAUGACAUAUUAAACCUGUUAAGAGACAGCAGGUUGGAUUUCAUCUAUGAUCUAUUCGAAAAAGUCUGCAGUAGAAGUAGCGAGGAGACUCUCAAAAUGGGAACCCAGAGAAAGAAGCCAACCGUCAGCUCUCAGUUUAGGGAAUCACUUCACUCACUUAUGGCCAUGCUCAACACGUCCAACCCGUUCUUCAUCCGCUGUAUAAAGCCCAACACUGAUAAGCUCCCAAACACAUUUAACCCUGACGUGGUAUUGAACCAGCUGCGAUACUCUGGGAUGCUGGAGACGGUUAAGAUCAGGAGAGCUGGCUUUCCUGUACGUAGACAAUACCAGGAUUUCAUAACCAGGUACAGGAUGUUACUGAAGAAUAUUGGGGCUGAAGGUGACAUGCGCGGAAGAUGUGCUGCUUUCCUUCAGUCUUUUGAUGCCGCGAAGGAGUGGCAGCUUGGUAAAACGAAGGUGUUCCUCAAAGAAGCAUUGGAGCAGAAACUGGAGAAAAGCCGUGAUCAGGAGAUAAAGAGAGCGACUUUGCUGAUUCGAGCUUACAUCCAGGGAUAUAUUGCAAGAAAGCAUUAUAUGAAGGUUCGCCACUGCAUAGUCCUAAUUCAGAAGAAUUAUCGAGCCCACUUCUGGCAAUCAUCGUUUUUGCGACUCCGCAGAUCAGCAGUGCAGUUUCAGAAACACUGGCGCGGCACGACUGCACGGCGAUUAUUUCAGCAAAUGCUGGAGGCAGAACGAAAGCGUCGGGAAGAAGAGGAACGGAAACGGAAGGAAGAGGAAGAAAGGAGAAGACAGGAGCUGGAGGAACAGAGGAGGAUUGAGGAGGAACGAAAGCGAAGAGAAGAAGAAGAUAGGAAAGAACGAGAAAGAUUGGAGGCUGAACUUCGAGCAGCACAGGAAGAGCAGGAAAAGGCACGGAACUUGGAAAACCUUCUUCAAGAAGAAGAACGACGUCAGAUGGAGGAGAUAUUGCGACUGGAAAAAGAGAUUGAAAAGUUGCAUCAUCAGCAAAAAUUGGACGGCAUUUCCAUAUCUUGUGCCGAUACUCGCAACGAGGUGACUCGGCAAAGGGAAGAGCAAAUCCAUAAGCUGGAGAAAGAAGCAUCACGGGUGGCUCAAGAAUUCCUGGAACUGCUGGACUUUGGUAAUUUAGAUGAAAGCACACAGAGUUUGGAGAAUGGCAUUGAGGGACCACUCAAUAUUGACAGCAAUGUAGUAGCACCUUUAGCUGAAGAGGAGGUGGAUGAAGGAUUUCAUGCAGAUGAUGAAUUCUUACCACCUCCACCUCCUAUGUUGCUGGAAGAUACUGACAUGAGGACUAGUGAGAGUUCAGAGGAGGAGACCUACAUGAAAAUUCCAUCAGAUCAAACUGAAGACCAAAGCCAGAUAAGUGUAUCCAUUUCCCCAGUAGAGCAUGUAUCUACUCAAGAUGCUUACAGUGCUCUCUCUGAUAAGUCUGAAAGUAUUUAUCAAUGUGUAUCGGAUACAAUGAGCAACAGCGAGGAAGCACAAGAGCCUAUAUAUAGCUACCCACCAGAUGUGGAAUCAGACUAUGAUCAUGAAGAAUUUGAUGAAGGUCCACCAGGUUCUGCCGACAAUAUGAACUUAAGUGAUGGACAUCUGACUGAUGAGGAAGUUCUCAGGAUCUCCAAGCCUAACAGUUAUGGAUCUCAUUGUGGCAGUCUGGAUUCGUUCUUGGACAGUGAUGACGAAGCUGAUAGUCAUAUUGACACGGAUGAAGAAUUAAUGACUGGACGCGUCACACUGUUUAACGGUGGAGGCCCUCCUUAUUUUCACAGCUAUCUCUACAUGAAAGCUGGUGGUCUAAUGAAUCUGUGGAGGCGGCGAUGGUGCGUACUGAAGGACGAGACCUUCAUGUGGUUCCGCACGAAGCAGGAAGCUCUGAAAUCUGGUUGGUUAUAUAAGAAAGGAGGAGGAAUGUCCACUUUAUCCCGGCGCAACUGGAAACGGCGCUGGUUUGUCCUGCGUGAGUCCAAGCUCAUGUAUUUUGAAAACGAUAGUGAGGAACGACUGAGAGGGACCAUUGAUGUUCGAACGGCCAAAGCAAUUAUAGAUAUACACGAGAAGGAAAAUGCUCUAGAUAUUGUAACAGAAGAAAGAACAUAUCAUAUUGUGGCCGAAACACCAGAGGAUGCCAGUGGCUGGUUUAACGUUCUCAGUCGCGUUCAUUCUGCAACAGCCCAGCAGCUGAGGGACAUGAGAGACGAGCAAGCUAACCCCAAGAAUGCUGUGGGAACACUGGAUGUGGGUCUCAUUGACUCGGUCUGUGCGUCAGACUGUCCGGACAGGCCAAACUCCUUUGUGAUUAUUACGGCGAACCGCGUCAUUCACUGUAACACGGACAUUGCGGAGGAAAUGCAUCACUGGAUAUCUCUGCUGCAGAAACCUCGAGGAGAGGCCAAGGUGGACGGGCAGGAGUUCUUAGUGAGAGGAUGGCUCCAUAAAGAGGUUCAAAACAGCAAUAAAAUGGCAUCUUUGAAACUAAAGAGACGCUGGUUUGUGUUGACCCGAAACGCGUUGGAUUAUUACAAAUCCUCUGAGCGUGCAGCUUCUAAACUCGGCACUCUCGUUCUCAAUAGCUUGUGUUCUGUUGUUCAGGCAGAUGAGAAGACCCACACAGAAACUGGAUAUUGGAAUAUUAUAGUCUAUGGUCGGAAACACUCAUACAGACUGUACACGAAGUUGCUCAAUGAAGCCAUGAGAUGGGCAAAUGCCAUCCAGGGAGUGAUUGACAGCAAAGCACCCAUUGAGACGCCCACGCAACAACUCAUCAGGGACAUCAAGGAGAACAGUAUGAAUGGUGAAGCUGUAGAGCAAACAUAUCGAAGAAACCCUAUAUUGAGAUACACACAGCAUCCUCUGCAUUCACCACUAUUACCACUGCCAUAUGGGGAUGUCAACCUCAACCUACAAAAAGAGAAAGGGUACACCACUCUACAGGAUGAGGCUGUACGGAUCUUUAACUCUCUUCAGGAAAUUGAGAGCGUUCCUGACCCUGUGCCAAUAAUUCAAGGCAUACUGCAGACCUGCCAGGACCUGAAGCCAUUGCGAGAUGAGGUGUAUUGUCAACUUAUAAAACAGACCAAUCACGUACCUCAGCCAAAUAGUGCAGGGAACUUGCGCCAUUGGCAGCUCUUGUCCUGUAUGAGUUGCACGUUCUUGCCUGGCCGAGAUAUUCUGCGCUAUCUCAAGUUCCAUCUAAAACGGGUAAGAGACUCCUUCCCAGGCUCAGAGGUUGAGCAGUUUGCUCAAUUUGUGGCAGAUGCUCUAAAGAAAACAAAAUGCAGAGAGCUGGUCCCAUCUCAAGAGGAGAUUUCCGCACUGCUCACCCGCAGUAACAUGACCACCACUGUUUAUUGCCAUGGAGGAGGGUCAUGUCAGAUCAGUAUUAAUUCUCAUACAACUGCUGGAGAGGUUGUGGAGAAGUUAAUCCGAGGUCUCUCGAUGGAUAACAGUCGCAAUAUGUUUGCACUCUUUGAACGCAAUAAAACAACUGACCGGGCGGUUGAGAGCCGUGUUAUUGUGGCCGAUGUCCUUGCAAAGUUUGAGAAGCUUGCCAGUACAGGAGAGGAAGAUUCGGAGGAAGGCCAUUGGAAUCUAUAUUUCAAACUUUACUGCUUUUUGGAUGUGCAGUGUGUUCCUAAAGAGGGUGUUGAAUUUGCCUUCAUGUUUGAGCAGGCUCAUGAAACUUUGACGAGUGGACAUUUCCCAGCUCCAGAAGAGACUUUACAGCACUUGGCCGCUCUUAGACUUCAAUACCACCAUGGGGACUGCUCGAAGGUAACCUGGUCGCUGGAAACUGUGUAUCCCGUUCAACGUCUUAAAACCAAAAUCCUGCAGGCCACAAAGAGCAGUAGCACAUCUGGACACACAUUGGAGAGGAGAAGAACAAGUUUCCUGGAAGGGACUCUGAAACGGGGCUUUAAAGUAGGUUCAAUGAAGAAGCAGAAGAUGGAAGAGGAACAGAUGUUGGAGAUGUGGUUGAAAGAGGAACUGUCGGCAGCGCGUACCAGCAUAGAUGAGAAGUGGAAGAGACUUCAAGGAAUGUCCCAACAUCAAGCCAUGGUGAAUUACAUGGCAAUUGUAAGUGAAUGGCCUGGAUAUGGAUCUACCCUCUUCGAUGUCGAGUAUAAGGAAGGUGGGUUCCCCAAUGACUUGUGGCUUGGAGUCAGUGCCGAGAAUGUGUCCGUUUACAAGAGAGGAGAUCCAAAGCCCCUGGAGACUUUCCAGUAUGAGCACAUCAUUUUCUUUGGAGCACCACAGCCCAACAACUUCAAGAUUACGGUGGACGACCGUGAGAUGUUCUUUGAAACAACCCAGGUGGGUGAGAUCACCAAAAUUAUGAGAGCUUACAUCAACAUGAUUGUGAAGAAACGUUGCAGUGUCAAGUCUGUGGCCAGUCGGGACAGUCAGUUUAGCUCAUGGGCAAGGUGACCAAGCUCCAUCAAUCAGGAAAGAACUCGAGGAUUACUAAUUGAGGAGUAAACUGCAUUGCUGUGCAUUAUAUUUAAAGUGUGAGAAGAUUCCCCAUCUUCUUAUGGCCUUAUGGCCUCCAUGACUCCCAUAUACAGUAGCAGAAGAACAAAUUCAUAAGGUUCCAAGAUUGAAACAUUUCGGUCUUCAUGUGGUCAGUACCACAGCCCAAGAAGCUGAUCUCCCCCAACAAUGCUUCACCUCAUUUACAUUUUAUUUCCCAGAUGAGGUUCUUCCUAAUUUGAACAUCAAUAACUCACAUUGGGGAAAAAAAAAUCAAACAAACAAAAACAUUUGUUACUUACUCUGUAAAUAACCUAGAGUAGAUGUAGAGGUUCAGCUAUGCUGUGGUCUUCAAUCUCAAGCCAUUUGUUUGCUUAAUACAAGGUACUCUGUGCCACUAAGGGACAACCAGGACACCUCUACACACUUUUGGAUUUUAUUCUGUUGUCUUCCUACUGAAACUGUUACAUUAUGCAACGUAGGCUUGAAAAACGUGUCCUAUUCUGUCUCAGGGCUUUUUUAAAAAAACAAAAAACUUUAGUGAUAUGACACUGGCUGCAUGAAGAGUAUUGGUUUGGAUUCUGGAGUUAUUUGAGGGUUUGCUCAGUAACUCACCUUUGCCACAAAUUGAAUGAACAGUAUUAAACGGAUUAGCUUAUUGCAUCACUUCACUAGAGUCUAUGUUUCGAACAGACUUUUGUACCGGAUUAAAAAUCCUGGUCUUCCCCUGAGAAAUCAGUCCAGAAGAUGUUGCUUUUUGUUUGUGAUUUAAUGUAAAAAGCACAUGCACUAUAAUUUUAUUCUGCCUUUCGUACGUAUCUAUUUAUCUCUGUUUUGUUAACCAGUAUUUUGUUAUAUUUUGCUUUUUACACUCAUUUUAGGGACAUUUCUGCCUCUUGGUAAUAUAAUUUAUUGUCUCUGCUUGCUUUUCUUGCAAUGUGUGCUAAUAUAUAUUUUUUCCUUGUACAUUGUAUUUUCUUCUCAACUUUCAGCCGAUCUUGAUCGCAUUCAUUAUUACUUGAGAUAUAUUAAUUGAAGGUUGAGCGAAAGCACUUCUUGUUCGUCAGACAAUCAGGACUGUCUGUUACAUACUCUGUUUGCAAAAAGUGUUCCACCUGAAAGUGUUAAAAUUGGACCCUGUCACCAGCAACCUCACUACAGUGUUACAAAGAUCGUGUCUCCAGGCUCCUAAUGCAUAGUGUGAGCAAGGCCAAUGGUGUACUCAUGCUGUGUUUCUCUAUGAGUAUCCAUGGAUGUGGGACAUCAGUGAAAAAAAUCGGGACAGGACUGUAAACUUGGGACUGCCUGACAAAAUUGGGACUGUUGAGGGGAGGGGAGGGAGGCCGGUUUCCUAUCACCUUAGGUCAGUAAAAAUGUGGAAUCCAUUUGCCACCAAUCGAUUAAAAUCCAGAACAUUAGCCUAGAUGAAUGACAACGUAAUACAAUCUCUGAAAUGAAAUGUUUUAUUUCACAUAGGAAAUAUUAUGGCGCUCAAAUAUUCUUAAAAGUGGAUUUUUCUUUCUUUU